AUGUCUAGCUCUGUUUGUAAUAAAGAAGACGACUCCUUUCCUCUACAUGGAUGUGUUUUUGUGGGCGACGUUCGUAAAUUAUCAUCACUACUCAGAUACCAUGAUAUUACUCAAAAAGAUAAACAUGGUAACACUGCACUGCACUUGGCCGUUAUGUUGGGUCGAAAAGAAUGUGUACAACUCCUCCUUGCACAUGGUGCACCGGUGAAAGUGAAGAACCUAGCUGGAUGGUCGCCUCUAGCAGAGGCAAUUAGUUAUGGCGAUCGGCAGACUAUUUCAUCACUUGUUCGAAAACUUAAACAGCAAGCUAGAGAGCAAAUGGAUCGCAGAAGACCUGACCUUAUUAAAGCCCUAGCUAAAAUAAAAGAUUUUUAUAUGGAACUAAAAUGGGAUUUUCAUUCAUGGGUACCUUUAGUUUCCAGGAUAUUACCAUCUGAUGUAUGUAAAAUUUAUAAAGCUGGCUCUGGAAUCAGAUUAGACACAACUUUAGUUGACUUUACAGAUAUGAAAUGGGAAAGAGGUGAUAUUUCUUUUAUUUUUCAAGGGGAAAAGCCACAAAGUGAGGCGUUAACUGUUUUAGACAAUAAAGCUAAAGUAUAUCAGAGAGUGCGUUAUGAAGAAACUGAAAAUGAAAUUGAGGAUGAAGUAGACAUUUUGAUGUCAAGUGAUAUUCUUGCUGCACAGAUGUCUACUAAAGGUAUUUUAUUUUCAAGGGCACAGUCAGGUUGGAUAUUCCGUGAAGAUCGUAAAGAAACUGUUGCUGGCCUAUAUAAAAGUGAUAUUUACACUAUAACUGGGUUAGUAUUAGAAUCUCGUAAAAGAAGAGAACAUUUAUCUACAGAUGAUUUGCAGAAAAAUAAAGCAAUUAUAGAAAGUUUAACAAAAGGUAAUACACAGAACUUGGACACAAAUGGAGAGCCAGCUCGCCGUGCAUCAUUGAACCCUCCACCUGAAAGUGGAGUAGACUAG